CAUAUCUGUUCCGGUUGAUGUUAAAUGGAUUUAGUUGAUGAUGCGGUCUUCCACAAAGUUUGAUCCAUCGAAGGCAUUUUUUCGUACUGGGUCUUCGGUUUUGGAAAGGGUACGAAUCGAACUCCACCAACUAGCCUUUCAGGAUACCUGUCGUCACUAUUACAAAGUCCGUGACUACACCUCUUAACCAUAUUUUUUUGUUAAAUAACCCAAAUACGCGAUAAAACGCUAACAAAACCUAUACUGGAGCAUUCAAUAUUAUCUGAGAAAAUGGCGGGAGCAAAAACGGGCUUUGGUUUAUGCAGAUCUCUGGCCUCUGAUUGGUCAGUGAUGCGGAUUGCGCAAUAUCCACGGAGGGGUCAAUUGAAAUACUCUUCUAAUUGUCCAACUGCAGAUAAGAACUUGCAAUUCAAGUGUACGGUAUCAGGUCCUGGCUGGUCAAUCAUAAAACAGAACACUAUUCCAUUUGUUCCAUUUGGCAUAUAUUUUGUAGGAAAAAAUUAGCCUAUUUACAACUCAAGUGCUUCAAAUAUUAAACUUUGAAAGGCACCAACAUGUGCAAACACAUAGUGAGCACCUUUUAUAGCAUCAGUCCGAUUACCACAGUCGGUAUUAAUGAGAACAUUAAAAUGUUUGAUACAGUAUUUCCUAAUUACCGUAAUUCCCGGCCUACAGAGCACACCUGAUGAUAAGCCUUGGUACAGAGUUUAACGCGGUGCUAAUGCGGCGCUGUUAAGGCUAACACGGCGCUGUUAAUGCUAACACGGUGGUGCUAACGCUAACACAUCGGCGCUAACGCUAAAGCGGCGAUGCUAACGCUAGCACAGUGCUAACUAGCGCGGUGGCAGUGAAAGAAGUCGCGACUUGGAGGCCGGGAAUUACGGUAUAUACCAGUAGAACUAGUGGUGAUUUCAGUAAUCAGCUCAUAUAUUAUUAUUAGACAUUCAGUUCAUUUAAAAAAAAAAACAAAACAAUUAUAAUGUUUUUUGGGGGGGUUUUUUAAAAAUACCAACUUGUUAAAAAAAAAAAAAAAAAGAAUGAAAAGGUUUAUGAGCCGUGAGUCUGAGUUGCAUUUGUGCGCCUGUCAGUCAGCGAAUGGUGGGAUUCAUUCUCACUCUGUUCGUCAUCUGCAAUGACCUCCUCAUCUUCAUCAUCUGACUCUGUUUCACAUUCAGAGGCCGAGCUGCUCCUCUCCCAGUGGUUCUCACCUCCAGUUCCCGGCGCUGUCUGUGCAAUGUCUGAAAGCGGUUCCUGCCCAGCAGCUGCUGCCACUCCUCCUUCUUCUGGACCUUCCUCUUCUGUCGAAGUGGCAGAAGCCUUCUCAACUUCGGGAAAGGCCCGAGUCCUCACCGAGAUCCAGGCCGGGCCUCUGUACCGCGUGGUGGGCUCGCGGCUCGCCAUCUCCUGCAACGUGAGCGGCUUCGCCGACGUCGAGUCCAGGAAGGAGUUCGAAUUCCGCGUCACCAAGCCCGCCAAGCCGAUUGUGCUGAACAUCGUCAGCACGAGCGACCCGAGAUUCGGGUACACUGUGUACCGCGCGAGAGGCAGAGACAUCGCUCUGACCCACGUGUCGCCCAACUCGGUCCUCUUUGAGAUCCAAAGUCUUCGGAAAGACGACGAAGGGGAGUACGACUGCGCCGUCAUCAACCCGGAAUACGUUCACGACGGAAUCUACAGUGUCAAAACCGUCGUGAAAGUGAUUGACGACUCCUUGAGCGCUUCAUCGGCCGUCUCGGCCUCGCAGCGCAAAAAUGAGGGCGAGGCGCUCGCGUUGACGUGCCGAGCUUCCAGCAAUACCAUCCAGCACACCCAUCUGUCCGUCGCCUGGUAUCUCCGGAACGAGGGCGACGACGACGAGCGGCUCAUCGUGUCCCUGGACAGGGACUUCACCUUAAGGCCCGGCCCGACGUUUCAAGGGCGCUACCUCGCCGGUCUUCUGAGACUGGAUAAGAUCGGAGAGGCCACUUACAAGCUGACGAUGGGUCGGUUGGAGGCGUCGGACGCGGGUCGGGUCUACUGCCGGGCUCAAGAGUGGAUUGAGGAGCCCGACCUCUCCUGGUACUCGCUGACACAGAAGACUGCAGAGGAGACCGUGCUGCACGUCAAAGGCAGAGAGCUGGCGCCAGACAAGGUCUCUGUGGUGGUGAGAUUGUCAGCGCAGCAAACAUCUCUGCAGGAGGGGCAGGAACUGCUGCUAAAAUGCAGCGUCGACACACAGAAGCCGGAGGAAAAGUUUUUCUCCGUAGUUUGGCUCCGGGCAGGCGUCGAACUGGCCCGGAUAGGCCCCACGGGCGUUGUGUCCGUGAGACCCGAGUACGCUCGGCAGGAGGAGCACGGAGAGCUCAGGGCCAGCAGGGUCGGGUACAGAGAUUACCGUCUUGUUUUGCAGCCCGUCAGCACUGGAGACCAGGGGGAGUACGUGUGCAGAGUGUGGCCCCAAGAAAGAGGACAGCGUGGCGCCUUUGUGCAAGGCGAACCCCAAGACUCCGACGCUAUACCAGUUAGCAUUUCAGCAACAGCCAGUGGACUCUCGGUUGAAAUGCAGCGCGCCGUCCUCGUCAACGAAGGCGACACGCUAAAGCUGGCUUGCAAAGUGCACGGGUCCAAGGGUCAGCUCUCCGUCAUCUGGCAGCGCAAAGUAGCGCAGAUGCUGACGUUCGCCAACCUCAUUGGUCUAAGUCAGGAGGGUGUCUUGGAGACGGCCGCGGUCGAGGUGGCGAAUUUUGUCAGAGCUACGCGCCCGGCGGAGGACGUCUUCCUCCUGGAACUUGAUGAGAUCACGCUGGCCGAUUCGGGCGGGUACCAGUGUGUGGUGUCUGAAUGGAACAGUCGCAGUAAGACCAACAGCCACUCGGUGCAGACCACGCUGACGGUGGCUUCUACAGAUUCUUUUGUGGACGUGAAUCUGAUAAGCCGCAAGAAUGUCGUGACUGUAGGAGACAACGUGGAAUUGAUGUGCCGCGUCAGAGGACCGCGUCUCGCCGUAACGCUGACCUGGAGCCUGCAGCGCAGUGCCUCGGCCGUAGACAACAUUCUGACCAUGUACUCCGACGGCGCCGUCAGCUGGUCCGGAGAGCUGGAACGCUUCCACCUUAGGGUAGACAACAAACCUAGUGAGAGGAUCUACUACCUUCUCAUCAACGGCGCCAGCCACAGGGAGGCAGGAAGCUACCAGUGCCGGGUGUCCGUCUUUCAGAAGAACGCUUAUAAGAAGCUGUCCCCUUCCAACACGCUAGCGGUCAUGGUGCAGAACCCAGCGAGUGAUCUCAUCGUGACACCCACUCCUGCCCUGACAAGAGAUGUGAGCAGUGACAUCACCAUCAAAUGCUCAGUAACGUCAUCUCGCUCUGGAUCUUCUCGCUACUCCGUCACCUGGAUCCUCCAACAACACACCCGAAACGUCAGCAUCUUAAGUUCGGACCGAGACUCUUCAAUAACAUCGACUGCGGAUCGCAGCCGGCGGCUCAGCAUGCGGAGGACUAAGGGACCUCAUUUUGAGCUGACCAUUCGGGAUUCUCAGAUUUCCGACCAAGGUGUUUACGUUUGCCAGGUAGUAGAGUGGCUGCAAGAUCCUCGGGGUGAAUGGUAUCACCUGCCCUCCGUCUCUGGAAGCAGUAGGCUGACGCUUAUUGAGCCCGACAAUAAUCUCCUUUUGGAUGACAAAGAAAAGCAGAUUAUUGCACAGGAAGGCGAUGAGGUGCAACUGGCGUGUGAGCUGAUCUCAGGUUCAUGUGGUGAUUCCUGUUCCUACAAAGUCACCUGGUUCUACUCCAGGAGGGGAUCCUCCUAUGUUAAUGCCCCAUUAUUGGAGCUCGACCAUAUGGGAGUCCUGAGGUAUCCGGAGACUAAAGAUCUCCGCGGGCUGCAGGGGAGAAUCCGUCUCUCGAGAUCCGAUCGGAGCAACUUUGGGCUUGAAAUUCAGCGGCUCCACGAGCAGGAUAGUGGGUCAUACUGGUGUCAGGUGGAGCAGUACCAGCUUGGGAAUGAAGGCCACUGGGAGCAGAAAGGUUCAGUCGACGGUGGUCCUGUCAUGUUGCUUGUUAACCUGACAGACAACAGCCUGUCUAUCAUAAAGGAGGAGUUGGAGUUUAACGUUAGCACAUCGGAGGAUUUCACCAUCCCUUGCCACAUCACCAAACAAUCGAGCCUCGAAUCCAAGUUCCAGGUGACCUGGUUCUGGCAGAUGAAGAAAGAGACGGAACGGCAACCUGUGUUCACAUCCUACCGAAACGCCACUUUGGAAGACUUUUGGUCAGCGAGACUGGAGCGGCUGAGGUUCGGUCACGCUUUGCCCGACCAAUUCAGCCUAACCGUGUUGAAGCCCACGCCUUGGGAGGGUGGGCUUUAUUCCUGCGAGGUGGAGGAGUGGCUCCCUUCCCUCUCCCACGGCUGGAGGAGAGCAGCAGUCGAGCGUUCCGGCUAUUCAACUGUCACCGUCUAUUCGCAAGGAGAGAGCGAAACCCGUCGGGAUUGUCAAUCAGGCACGUGGAUCAGCGUCUCCGUGGCCGUCGGGCUCUGCUCGCUGCUGAUCAUAACUGUGCUGGUGCUCAAGCUGCGCAAGGCCAAGUCGACCGAAAAGAAGUCAGGUCAGUCUUUGUGGAAGGAACAGCAUCACCUGACGACGAAAUUCAGUGCAGACGACUCAGCCACCGCCCGGGGAGAAGAGGAACAAAUAAACCGUAAUAUCGUAAUUGUAUAGCACCUUUCACGUACUAAAAUGAAUGGAAACGUCUCGGACAAAAUUACAAUUGGACACAAUUGUUCCCCCUCCAGUUCUGUGAAUGUGCAAUGAAAAAUUAUGGUACAACAUGCCGCACAGCACAUAGAUUCCCUCUCAUCCAGAGCUCGGUGAUCUGCACAAAAUGAAUCGGGGGAAGUGGACGACGUUUCACUUUUGAUCCUUAAGACUUGAUCCAUAGUUUUGCAUUUUAACUUGAGCAAGCAUGUUUUUUGGGGGGGAUGGAGACCAUAACUCUGCCCCUUGCCCCCAAUACAAGUGGACUGUAACAAUAAAAGGAGAAAAUUAAUAUCCAGUUAUAUCCGGAGUGUCACCAGAGUACAGUUGUGGCCCAUAUACGGUUCCUAAACUAAACCAGUAAAAAAAAAAAAAAAAAAAAAAAAAAAA